AUGGCGGCCGCGGCUAAUUCGACUUCGACCUCUCCUGCGGCGGUCUUCCCUCGCAGCCAUGUCGGUUUCGACAGUAUUACCUCGCAGAUUGAGCGCAAGCUGUUGAAGCGUGGUUUCCAGUUCAAUGUGAUGUGCGUUGGCCAGACGGGUCUAGGGAAAUCUACUCUGAUCAACACCAUCUUUGCUUCUCACCUGAUCGACUCCAAGGGUCGUCUCACCCCCAAUGAGCUUGUCCGCUCCACCACGGAGAUCCAGACCGUUUCACACAUCAUUGAGGAAAAUGGUGUGCGCCUCCGGCUGAACAUCGUUGACACUCCCGGAUACGGCGACCAGGUCAAUAACGACAGAUGCUGGGAUCCAAUCGUGAAAUACAUCAAGGAUCAGCACUCCGCGUACCUUCGCAAGGAGCUCACCGCUCAGCGUGAUCGCUACAUUCAGGAUACCCGUAUCCACUGCUGUCUCUUUUUCAUUCAGCCAUCCGGCCACGCUCUCAAGCCCAUUGAUAUCGUCGUACUGAAGAAGUUAUCGGAUGUUGUCAACGUCGUGCCCGUUAUCGCCAAGGCGGAUUCGCUCACCCUCGAAGAGCGUCAAGCGUUCAAAGAGAGAAUCAAGGAGGAAUUUGCCUUCCACAAUCUGAAGAUGUACCCUUAUGAUAAUGAUGAACUCGAUGAUGAAGAGCGUGCCGUUAACGUCCAGAUCAAGGACAUCAUUCCAUUCGCUGUCGUUGGCAGUGAAAGGACUAUUGUUGUCAAUGGUCAACAGGUUCGAGGCCGCCAGAACCGCUGGGGUGUUAUCAAUGUUGAGGACGAGAACCAUUGUGAAUUUGUUUACUUGAGGAACUUCCUUACUCGUACUCACCUCCAAGAUCUCAUCGAAACCACCAGCCAGAUUCACUACGAGACCUUCCGUGCCAAACAGCUCUUGGCGCUAAAAGAGAGCAGUGCCGCGGGGGGCCAUCCUGGCAGCAGCCGUCCCAUCAGUCCCUCUGCGGACAGAGAGCUCAGCCGCAACUCGCAACGCAUGACUAUGAAUGGCUAUUGA